AUUGAUCUCUCACUCCCCUUUCUUCUUCUCUCUCGUUGGUAUUUUCCUCCAUUGUUCUAUUUCUCCCUCAAUUUUCCUCUAUGUUGUGUAUGUUGAUUGGUUCUUGGCCUUUUAUCUUGUGAGGCUUUAGAACCUCUGGUCGAUUAUGUGGCGAAAAUUAGAAAAUAAAAAAAACACAUAAAAACAUAAGAAUUUGAUGAUCCAGUUCGAUCAUAAUGAUUUACGUCUGGGGGCGAUCAAAUCAGGGGUUUGUAGAGAUUCAAAAUCAAAGUUUGAAGAUCUGUUGAGAGAAAUUGCUUCGGCUUCCCCCGUAAAAGCAACUGAAAAAGAGAAUAUUGUUCGAAGAAAAGUAAUUGAACUCAUAUCUAAAAAAGCUAAAGUUGUCCAAGAAGAGUUUUCAACAAAAUAUCCUUUUUCCUUUGGAUCCAAAAAAUGGAAAGCAAGCUCGCAAUCAUUCAAUCCAAGCGGCAUUUCUUCCACAAAUCCAAGAAAAUAUUGUGAAUUUGUUGAAAAACAAUCACAAGAUCCAAACCCAACAUCCACUAGUGAUUCAGUUCCUGAAUCAAAUUUGAAAGAUUUGUCGAGGAAAAUUGUUUCAGAUUCCCCUCUAAGAGAAUCCGAAGAUGUCCACCAUGGUUUUGGUUUGCCAUCUGAAAUCUCCUCUUCAUCAUAUGAGUCACCGAUUGAUAUUUUUCAAUCAUGUAAGUUGACUGAUGAGGAGGAAGAAAUGGUGAGGUGGGCCUUGUUAUUCGAUUGUCCAACAGGGGAUGAUUGGGGGGAUAUUGUAUACAACGAUGGAUACUUGUUUCUAUACAAGUAUGAUAUCCAAACUCUAAGUUUUGGAAAGGACGUAUCGAACAUGGAAGUGGAUAUGUUCGGUGCGUAUCUCAAUCGAUCCGAGUAUACAAUAUCUAAGAAUGAGAAGAAACCAAUGAAGAAAUUCUGCAUUUCCUCGAAUAUAUGUUUCAUGGUUUCUCUUGAGCUUAAAAAUAAUUCCCGUGAAAAGACGGAGGAAGAGAUAUUGGAUGAGUGAAAAGGUCUUUUCCAGCAAUCAUAUCUCGGUGAUGAUUGGAUUGAAUCACUAAAAGCUGAAAAUGUUCCCAGGGUGCACGUGGAUGAGGACAAAGCGUGUUGAAUUAUGGGGUCAAUCGGUCUCCGUGGCUUGCGGGUUAGGGUAUUAGAGUUGAUAUCAUAGCCAAUCUGCAACAACCCAUGGUGGAUUGAAUAGACUUAUUGAAGUUAACAAUGUGCACAUUCUUUUUCACAAGUUAGAACAAAGCGUGCUGAAAGGACUCGUGUUGACAUUUGAAGCUCCCGACACACUUGGUCUGUGUGGCUUAUGGGUCGGGUUGUUAUAAUAUUCAAAUAUUUUGAUGAUUUUUGUUUAGAAAUACAAAUAAUAGACAUAUUUUGCAAGGGAAAAAUAUGUAAAUUCUUAGUCUUUUGGAUCAUACCAAAUAAUAUAUAUAAUGAUAAUAUAU